GGGGGCGGGGGGGGGGGACACUCCACCUGGAUGAGAGUCACCUGCGGUGAGCCUCACACUCUCGGAAGACGCCUCGCCGAGAGGAGCCUCAGGGGGGAGGACUUCAUUUCGUUUUUUUUUUCCUCAUUCCGCCCCGCCGGAGGCGAUUUUCAUUCCAACCCAAAUCCAGGAUUCGAUCAAAGACGAUUGCAUUUGUCUCUCGAGCGGACGGCAAAUGCAACAUGAUGCUCCUUUCUGCUGUGCUGAAUCGUGUCUUGUAGUAUUUUAUUCCCAGCCGAGCCAGAGCGAGAUAGCGCGAGGAUUUGAUUUUUUUUUUUUCCAUUCCCCACGCAUUUUUUUUUCUACUCAAAGUACAACGAUGCUUCUCAGCAGGAUUUUGUUUUUCGCUCUGAUCUGUCUCGGUUCUUCUGCUGCUUUCCGUAAUUCAGGUUGUAUGGGAGAGGAGUGCCACAAAGGCCCGACUCCUCCAUUCCCUCUGUUGCCCCCCGCUGAGGUCAAAUCCCAGGAGCCCUCUCAAGACUUCCUUGAUCAAUUUGCCCAAGGUAACUCGCCAAACAACGGGGACCGUAAACACCGCGAUGCCAACGCCGUCAUGCCCUUCGUCGGCCUCACCAACAGUGCCGAGCAGAGUCGAAGCUGCUGUAAGAAUGGAGGAACCUGCAUUCUGGGCAGUUUCUGUGCUUGUCCUCCUUUCUUUACUGGUCGCAGCUGCGAGUACAACCAGCGCAUCAGGCGCUGUGGUCCGGUUCCACAUGGCGAAUGGGUGCGCAAGGGCUGCUCAUACUGUCGUUGCGGGUACGGUUUGCUGCACUGCUUUCCCCGCGUCUUCCACAAAGACUGCGAUGACUCCGAGGAGGUGCAGUGGUACCAUUCGUCUGCUGUCGGGGUACUUGAGUACAGCCGCGUGCUGAGUCUGACGCCGCUUCUACUGCGUCUCCUCUUAUGAUGGGAGACGGAUCGAUCGAUACGAUGGAUGUCCGCAUCAAAUCUGUUUUUAAAAAUAUUUAUUUGAUUCAAAGUGUCAUUCACAGAAGAAUGAAAAGCAGCUCUGGAAAACUGGAAGCCAGACGUUGUUCCUGAUGAGUGAACUCUUUCAAACUGCCUGAUGAGUAGCCAUAAAGUUCGGCGACCGCUAUGUUUUAUGGCCCGCCGAGCUGCCGGAUGACGCUGACGGACAUUUUGGGCAGGCAAGGCCGGGCGAUUAAUAUUAGGAAGUGCUUCUCAAUCACGGGCUUUCUAAAUUUCAUUUGUGAACGGAAAUGAACACGCAAUGUUUUAUUCCCGGACAAUUUUUUUUUUGGGGCGGGGGGGGGAUGUCAUUGCCAGCCCAAAAAAAAUACCCAUUCACUAACACAAAGUAGUGUAAGAACUACUUACUGGUAGUUAUGACUUUUUUUGUUUUGUUUACACACUUAAUAGUAUUUCAAAGAGUAAGCAUUUGGCAAAUUCCGAGCUCUUUCCCCAUGCAGGCGUCCCUUCCUCCUCCUCUUAUCUAAUUUUCAGUGACAAGUCUCUUAUCUCCAGUUUGGUGAUGGCGCUUGAAUUGAAUCUCUGUUGCCUUCUUAUCUUAAACACGCGCAUCAGUUGUUGCUCUGCUUGUUGGCACGCUCGGUCUUAUCUUUACUUCAAUAAUGACGAAUAAAUGCAAAAGGUCACACGUGUGGCCCACAAUCGUGUGAA